GCGCGGAAGUGACGUGCUGUGGCGGGUGUUUCGCCCGCGGACGGGCCGGCGCGGCGCGGCGCGGCGCCGCCAUGGGGCCGGUGUCGGCCGAGGAGGUGCUGGACGAGCUGAGUGUCUUCGAGCUGCGCUGCGAGGGGGACGAGGUGCCUGGGAAGCUGGUGGAGCUGUGCGCCACGCACAGGCUGACCGCGGGGGACUUGGCUAACGAGCUAAUCGCCUUCUCUACAAGCAAAGAGCACCGCGCACUUCUCACUUUGGAUUUCCUGACCAUCUUUGAACACGAGGUACUUAGCAAAAAAUUUAAGGCACUUUGGAAGAAGGACAACAGGUACUCCGGGAUCAAGGACGUCAACACCAUUCAGGAGCUUAUCGAUGACGAGGAGGAUGAAGAAAACCUCUUGGACGCCUACACGACCCCAUCAAAAGGUUCUCAGAAGCGCAACAUCACCACCCCAGAGAAUCCACGCUCUAAGAGGACGGUAACAACCCGUAGUCCCCACCUGCUUUUCUCGCCCAACAGCUUCUCGCCAAGCGCCACCCCCUCCCAGAAAUACGGAUCCCGGAGCAACCGUGGUGAGGUGGUCACUUCCUUCGGUGCUGUGCAGGGCACAGCUUGGAGUGGGAAAGGAGGCAGCAGCUGCAGUGUGAAGCUCUUUACUUCUGCCGAGGAGUCGCUCACAAAGAGCUACAAGUUCAUGUUCCAGAAGGCCGUUGACAUCCGGGAAGUGCUGACCUAUAGGAUUGAAGAACUCGGGGAGGACCUGAAGAGACACUACAAGAUAGACGAGUUUACGUCUGUGAUCAGCCCUGCACAGGAACCCAUCACAGUGCUGGGCCAGAUUGCCUGUGACGGCAAUGGGAAGCUGAAUGCCAUGUCAGUCAUCCUGGAAGGCGACAGGGAGCAUUCUUCCGGGGGGCAGGUCCCUGUGGAUCUCUCGGAGCUGAAAGAAUAUUCCUUCUUCCCUGGACAGGUUGUGGUGAUGGAGGGCACCAACAGCACAGGUGGAAGGCUGGUUGUGUCGAAGCUGUACGAGGGUGUGCCUCUGCCUUUCCACAAGCCCCCAGAGCCGGCUGAAGAUUCAGAGCAGCAGAUGGUGUUGGUGGCCUGUGGACCCUACACCACCUCGGAUAGCAUCACCUAUGAUCCCAUGUUGGACCUCGUUGAUGUCAUCAACAAAGAAAAGCCAGACAUCUGUAUCCUGUUUGGCCCUUUCCUGGAUGCAAAACACCAGCAAGUCGAGAACUGUCAGCUCACGGGAUUGUUUGCAGAUGUCUUUAAGCAGUGUCUGAAGAUGCUUAUUGAAGGGACGAGGAGCGCUGGCUCCCAGCUUGUGUUCCUCCCGUCCUUGCGAGACGUCCACCACGACUACAUUUACCCACAACCCCCAUUCGCCUUCCCAGAGCUGGCUAAAGAGGACAAACGGCGCGUGCAUUUUGUGUCUGAUCCCUGCACCCUGGAUAUCAACGGAGUCGUUUUUGGCCUGACGUCCACGGACUUCCUCUUCCACAUGGGCGCCGAGGAGAUCAGCAGUUCUUCUGGCGCCUUGGACAGGUUCACACGAAUCCUUAAGCAUGUCCUGACGCAGAGGAGUUAUUACCCCCUCUACCCUCCCUCGGACGAGAUGAAUAUUGAUUACGAGAACUUCUAUAACUAUGUGCCUUUGCCCGUUACCCCGGAUGUCCUCGUUGCCCCGUCUGAGCUGAGAUACUUUGUUAAGGACGUCCUCGGCUGCGUCUGUAUGAACCCAGGCCGGCUCACAAAAGGCCAGGUGGGGGGGACCUACGGCCGUCUGUACGUACGGAGGCAGGAUGCGGGGGAAGAGCGGAGGAGCCCCUGCUUUGCAGCCCAAGUUGUCAAAAUCUAAGCAGUCUCUGCUUCCCUGCCCUUAAAACUGGCCCUGCCUGUGGAUUCAGGAUGGGGGUGUCUCUUCAGCGCUGUUGGUUCCCAUCAGGGGUUCAAGCCUCCCCCCAGCACUGCUGCUUCCAGGAGCCUUGAGCUUAGAUUUCUGCUUUUGACAGCAUAUCGGAUGUCGCGAUGGAGUCUCUGAAGGCUGGGAAGCGUGCCGCGAGCCUGUGGAUCACAUCAGCUUUUUGCCUGUUGACACUGACCGAGCGGGGAGCCCUCAGGCCUUCCGCAUGGGCUGCUCUUGAAAUACACUGGGGGGGGGGGGGGGGGUUGUUU